GUUAGGGUAACCCUGAUUCUUAUCGUUUUAGAGCCGCACUAGUUUCACCUUCUAGAGGUCAAAGCUAUCACCACAUCAAUCCGGCGAAUCCGGUGAAUGAAUCAAAUAACUUGAGCAUUCCUCUAAAUUUCUUCAUUUCAUAUACCAGACGGAUACUUUCACAUCUCUACAAAAUGCCUAUCAAGUCAAUUAAAGCUCGCCAGAUCUUUGACUCCCGUGGCAACCCCACAGUAGAAGUUGACCUGGUGACUGAACUGGGUCUGUUCCGUGCGGCCGUGCCCUCUGGUGCCUCGACUGGAGUCCACGAGGCUCUGGAGCUCCGAGACAAUGUCAAGGGUGAAUACCUGGGCAAGGGUGUGAAGCAGGCCGUCAGCAACAUCAAUGACAUCAUCGCCCCUGAGUUGCUGAAGCAAAACAUUGAAGUCACUGAACAGAAACAGAUUGACCAGUUCAUGCUGAACUUGGAUGGCACUGAGAACAAGUCUAAACUUGGCGCUAACGCCAUUCUCGGGGUUUCCCUCGCCGUCGCCAAGGCUGGCGCUGCCAAGAAGGGAGUGCCCCUCUACAAGCACUUGGCUGACUUGGCCGGAAACGCUGACAUUGUUCUGCCAGUGCCUGCCUUCAAUGUUAUCAACGGAGGCUCUCACGCUGGCAACAAGCUUGCCAUGCAAGAAUUCAUGAUUCUUCCCACUGGUGCAACCUCAUUCACCGAGGCCAUGCGCAUGGGCUCCGAGGUGUACCACUUCCUGAAGAAGAUCAUCAAGGAGAAGUUCGGCCUGGACUCCACGGCCGUCGGUGACGAGGGCGGCUUCGCGCCCAACAUCCUCAACAACAAAGAUGCUCUCUUCCUCAUACAGGACGCUAUCCAGCAGGCUGGAUACACUGGCAAGAUUGAGAUCGGCAUGGACGUAGCCGCGUCAGAAUUCUUCAAGAACAACAAGUACGAUCUCGACUUCAAGAACCCGAACUCCAACCCCGACGACUACCUGCCGUCCGGCAAGCUGGCGGAACUCUACCUGGAGUUCAUCAAGGACUUCCCCAUGGUGUCGAUCGAGGACCCCUUCGACCAGGACGACUGGGCGGCGUGGAGCGACCUCACCUCCCGCACCUCCAUCCAGAUUGUUGGAGAUGACUUGACCGUGACAAACCCCAAGCGCAUCGCCACAGCAGUGGAGAAGAAGGCCUGCAACUGCCUGCUGCUGAAGGUGAACCAGAUCGGCUCCGUCACCGAGUCCAUCGACGCGCACCUGCUCGCCAAGAAGAACGGCUGGGGCACCAUGGUCUCCCACAGGUCCGGUGAAACCGAGGACACGUUUAUCGCGGACCUGGUGGUGGGCCUGUCCACCGGCCAGAUCAAGACGGGCGCGCCGUGCCGCUCCGAGCGCCUCGCCAAGUACAACCAGAUCCUCCGCAUCGAGGAGGAGCUCGGCGCCGCCGCCAAGUACGCCGGCAAGAACUUCCGCAGGCCCGUCUAAACUUAUACAUUUGUAGGGCGUGUUCUGAUAGAGUGGUAAUCUCUGACCUGUUGUAAUGUAUGUUUCUAUCUUGUGACUGAACAUCAGAAUAUGCCCGUACGCUCCAUACUGUAAUGUAUGUCGUGAUUAAAGCAUCUUAUAGCCUAUAAUGUUAAUGGUGUAGUGUUGAGCACUUAGUCAACAAUGUCAUUGCUUUUAUGAAAUUACUUUAUAAGAUGUUUUGAAGGCAGUAGUUGUCACUUAUUGAAUGUAUGAAUCUAUUUAUUUGAAUUAUAAGAUUUUACUGUAAGUGAAAAUGUGAAAUGAAUGUAAUAGCAUCCGAACAUUCGUAAAUACACUAUGUACGUUGUAA